ACUUGCACCAAUUAACCAGGGCAACAUCUGUUCGUGAUGUCGAUGCUGAGGCACAAACCAACCUGGAACUAAGACAAGGGAACCAUAUCGCACGAAACAUGGUGGAUGCAAGGUUGACGCCCCUGGCAGCGAUGGGGCUGGACCGAAGCACUCUUUUACACGAUGGGCUUCAUCUCCAUGGUGGGGUUGUGUAUCCAGGGAUCAGAGCACUUCAGGCAGAGAAGGGCAGAGAGGCGCCUGCACUUCCACUCACUUAUAACAGGGAUGGACUCCCAGAACUCAUCUACAAGCCUGAUGGCCCUCUGGACAGUCGUAAGACGGCGAAUGGAUACCUAGGCCUCUAUAAGGGCGCUCAUCCAAGUCUCCACAAGCCCGUGCUGGUUCCUGGAGCCGAAGGUCUCGGCUUGGAACGCAGAGUAGGGCCUGGAGAGAAAGCAUCUGAACUGGGCUUGGCAAGUGCUGGUAGCAGCUACCUCCGCAUGCCGUGGCUCAGCCCUUACCCCGAAGCGAGCAUGUAUCCCUUCAUGGACACAUCCAAGUAUGCAGCUCUAAACAUGUACAAAGCCUCUUUGCUAAGCCAACCCAACCCCUAUCUUCCCCAGCACCUGGCCUAUCCUUCUCUGUGUGCAGCCCAGGGAGGCAGUGUUACCCCUGCUGCAGCGGUCUCUGCUGCUGACAGGCUCUAUUAUAUGCCUCCCUAUCCUGCUUCUCCCAUCUCUUCACCCCUGGUGGCACCACCUAUGAGGAUUCCUGCAGUCACAGUGGCCCCAACAUCACUGGUACACUGCCAAGACAAGGGGCUUGGUGUUGCACCUCCAUUUGCACAGCAGCUUCACCAACCCUCACCUCUUUCUCAGCACCAUCAAGCUUCUAUAGACAGGGACCGCUCACCUAACAGGAGUAUCAGACCGAGCAGACCUCCGUCCAGGAAGGGCUCUAGCAACAAUAUUAAUACAAGUAGUACUAUUACUAGUGGUAACAGUAGUCUGCCUACUGAUUCCUCUCCUCGUGUUUCUUCUCGCCUGCCACAACCUCCCCUUCCUCCUGCUCUCCUCGACAAUUCACUGGAUUUGCAAAGGCCGGUUGCCAGGAUAGGACAACCGGUGUCGUCCACUUCCUCAAUGUCUGCCUCAUCCACAUCCGCACAGUCCAUUCCUCUUACGUUCUCUGUUAGCAGCAUGGCAUCAGAGCAGCCCUCUCCUGCCCGACCCAGCCCCCACAAAUCAAGGCCAAGAGAUGGGGCCCCUGAACCCAGAAAUGCAGGAGUUGAGAAAAGACCCAGCAGGUCUCCCUCCAAAGCCAGCUCUGAGAGGCCAGCUCACCAACCACAGGCAACCAAAGAUCCAGCAGAGAAGCCUUUGGAUUUGUCUGGAAGAAUGCUAGACUUUGGAUUGCCCUCCAAUGGAUUCCCGGUUAAGAUGGACACUUCAGGUCCACGUUAUGGACUUCCCCCUAACAGAGAGCUCUUAAAAGAAAACCUUUCCCCUUCUCCCCAUCCACAUUGUGUGGUCAGCAGCACUUCUUCAAAGGUCUCAGACAGACCAGAGAUGAUCAGCACUUUACACUCCACCUGGGUCGUACCUAGUCCAUCACCUUCUCACGCACAGCACACACCGGGCCUGCCCACCUCCCCGAGACCUAAUACAGACCUGGGUCUUUCACAAACUAAAGGCUCUUCACCCUCUGUUAUCAAAAAUAAAGGUCUGGAGAGAGUACUCCCUCAGCAACGUAGCUCAUCCUGUCCAAGGAUAGAAGAGCCCAACCACUCCUCGACUCAACCAUCUGGCACUUCUGUGGUCAACUCCAGGGCUCUUUCUCCCAAACAUAAUGGUGAGUGGGUCAAACACAGCCCCAGCCAGUCAGAACAUCCACCAGCUGCGGGUCACCACAGAGAGGGAACAGAGAAGCCCUCCCAGACCAGUAAGAGAGCUGAAACGACCCCAGAUGUGCCAUCUUACAAGAGGCACUGUGUAGAGAACGGUCAUCCUCCUGGCCAUCUUUACCUUCCACAGAAUGAGGCUUAUCUAAACCACAGCUUGGCUUAUGCCAACAGAUACCUACCCUACCCCAUCACAGACAACAUGACAAUACAUUCUGUGCCAAUUGGAGGAAAAGGCCCAGUUUACCCUCACCCAGUACUGCUGGGCAGCAACAGCCUUUAUCCAACCCACCUGGCAGCAAAACACCCUUUACCAUACCACAAUCUCCCUGGUCCAGGAGGAGAAUACCUCACUUAUAACUCACAGGAGAUGGCCCAUCCCUUGAUGCAGACGCACUCUGACAACAAGCUGGCAGAAAGGGCAGAUGCAACACUGAAGUCCCGGGGACAGGAGAAAUCUCGGGGAACUGUCGAAGAAGGUGGAAGCCACAGAGAUAACAACACUGGGAAAGAGAUAGGCGAAGGAAACCAAAUGAAGCCUGACAGGGAAGCUGGAGCACAAGGACAGUGUGGCAGUCAAAGCAAACACCCCUCUUCCUCUUUAACAUCCAGAGAAAAGAUUGUCUGCAUUGACCUUGUACACUCAGACACAGAUAUGGAGACUACACCAUCAGGCCACAAACAACAUUCUGCCGAGACCAGCACCAAGGCUUCCCAAAAUGAAUGUUGUCAUAGUAACCAAAAUCUCACAAAGACUGAGUAUGAACCAAAACACCACCUUUCCCUUCCUUAUCCAAUCCACUCCAGACAGAGCCCUAACCUUAAGCCCAACCACAGUGACAGACAACCAGAAGCUCCCUUUGGGAGAGCAGAGGUUCCCCAGGACACUGGCUGUGCUGGGGCAACAUCUAGCAUAUCCCCAGCUUCUCCGGGCCUGGUUGCCCAAGCAGAGGAGAGCUGUGAGGAGCAGAGCCCCAGCCCAGACCUUGAAGACCAAGAUCAGAGCACCUUGCGCUGUGCUCGAACAUCAGGGGAGCGCAGCUCUGGUAGGGACAAAGGGGACAGGGGGGACAGCAGAAUUUCUCGCCUUACACAACACUGCACAGAUAUGGUGAAGAAAUCAGACCUGGAAAAAGUCCCCAAGAGAGAGACUGAAAAAGAAGACAGUAUUGUUGACCUGGGGGAGUCUCAGGGCGAAGGGGAUGAGGAAGAAGACGGUAGCCAGACUUCAUCUAAAAACUCUCGUAGAUCCAGCCUGGCCAAAAGGAUUGCUAACUCCUCAGGCUACGUUGGCGACCGCUUUAAAUGUGUCACCACUGAGCUAUAUGCUGACUCGAGCAAGCUGAGCCGUGAACAGAGAGCUCUGCAGAUGGAAGUCAUAUCACGAGAGGGGAGUAAUAUAAGUCAACCUGCAGCUAACUGGGAGCGGGCAAUGAUGCGGUUCUCGGAGCUGGAGCUGAAGGAGAAGGAGGGCAGCGGUGUGUGUAUGUCUGCCUCGGCAGCAGGACGGGAGCUGGCAGACGGCCAGCGCGGAGAGAGAGUGCUGGAGCACUGCCAACACACCACCAGGCAAGGAGAGAGGGAGGGUGUCCGGCCGGCAUACGCAAACAACAGAGUUCCAGUCCUUCAGAGGUGCGGAGGGCAGAGGGAGCCUUUGUCCCAUCCUCAUGAAGCCCAAGAUGGGGCCAGAGGUCCGGGCCAAGGAGGGCUAAAGGAUGGUGUCAGGAAGGGGAUGAAAGAGUGCGAGGAAGGUCACUGUAUGCCACCCACACUGACGCCAUCAAAGGGCUUCCCCGACGAGAGGACUAGCCCUGGCUUUGGGGUCACCAGGAAACGCCCCCUUGGCCUCAAAGCGGAGGACGAGGACACAGAGAUGGAGGGAGAAAGGGUGAUCCACUCGGAGAAAAGAGCCAAGCUUUGUACGGACGAGCGUGAGAAAGCCAGUGCGGACGACGACGACGACGAGGAGGUGCGGAAGCUCAAGGUCUGCAUAGAGCUCAAGGGACUGCGACUCAGCAAGCCCGCCGCGGGCGCUGCUUCACCUGAUGGGUCCCAAAUCAAACAGGAGAGGGCAUGGCCUCAGCCCCGAUUGGUUAGUCCUACCCAGGGCCUGCGUGAACGCAAGAUCAGGCCCAGCGAGCAUGAGGACAGAGCCGCAGCGCAGAGAAGCGAGAUCAACAGGAAAUGGGGCUGCGAGAAGCUGCCUAAUGGAGUAGCUGCUGCCGUCGCUCCCCUCCCCCCCAGCCAGCUGAAGGACAGAGCGCACCCGCCGAACCCCUUCUCAGGUGACCGUGGCUUCAAGGAGUCCAGGAGGGGCCCCCCCUCUCCGGCCCCAGAGCAGUCCGUGGGAGGCACCCCUCCCCUCAAGGUCCGUCGCCAUAGUGACACGGACAAACCCAAGGGCAAGCGGCCGUGCAAGACCAAACACACCAGCCAGAGGGAGCGAGAGCGGGAGAGGGAGAAAAGGAAAGAGGCAGCCGCCAGCAGCCCGGGCCAGCGUUGCGGGACUGAGCUGGGAAAAGCUGAGGAUGACAAGCUGAGUGAGCAGUGCAGCGCUCCGAGGAAGAGAGCCGCUUCUCCUAAUCAUUAUCCCUGCUCUCCAGUCAAGCCCUGCUCCCCCACCGCGCUCUGUCCGCCCUCCCUGCAGCUCCAGGCUAAUGACAGAGCGGGCGGUGUUCCACCAGAGCCGGCGGGCUUGCACAGAACCCCCCCUGCCGAGCCCUCCGUGGUGCGUCCGAUCCCGCCAGAGGCUCGUCGGCUGAUUGUGAACAAGAACGCCGGGGAGACGCUCCUUCAGAGAGCAGCGCGACUGGGCUACGAGGAGGUUGUGCUGUACUGUCUGGAGAACAGAGUGUGUGAGGUGAAUCACAGAGAUUACGCCGGUUACUGCGCGCUCCACGAGGCGUGCGCCCGCGGCUGGCUCACCAUAGUCCAACACCUUCUGGAUUACGGGGCUGACAUCAACUGCAGCGCUCAGGACGGCACCAGACCGAUUCACGAUGCCGUGGAGAACGACCACCUGGACGUGGUGAGAGUCCUGCUGUCUUAUGGCGCCGACCCCACCUUGGCAACGUAUUCUGGCCGUGGCCUUCUCAAGAUGACCCACAGCGACAGCAUGGAGCGCUUCCUCACUGAUUAUUUUGCCGACCUUCAGGGCCGCUCAGAUGACGACCCAGGGCUUUAUUGGGAAUUCUAUGGCAGCGCUGUGUGUGAGUCUACCGAAGAGGGCGGUGUCUAUGACAUUUUAGCAGACGCCCCAGGUCCAGAUGAUGAAGAUGAGGAUGAUAAAAGGGAGGUGUUUGAGUUCGAGUUCUCCGAUCGACCUCUUUUGCCUUGCUACAACAUCCAGGUGUCCCUCUCCCAGGGGCCAAAAAACUGGCUGCUAUUCUCCGAUGUGCUCCGUCGGCUGCGGAUGUCCGCUCGCGGUUUCCGACAGGCCUUCCCUCACAUGGAGGUGGUGACGGUAGCAGAGGCGGAGUUUUACCGGCAAGCGUCUCUGUCCCAGCUCUUCUCCUGCCCAGAAGAGCUGGAGGGCUUCCAUCCCGACAGCAAGGAGCUGCUGGACCUGGUGGAAGACAGCGCAGAGCUCGCAGCCCUGCUGGGCUCCACACUGGAGUUUCUGGACGACCGCUGGGAUCACCCCGGUGACAAACUCAAGGACAAAAUCAAGGCUGUGGGAAAGUUGGGCUCAUCCUGACCCUUUGACCCAUUGAACCUUGAUCAUUAUCGACUGCAGUUUGCUUUAGAACCGAGCAGGGGUUAUGACGACAUGCCUUAGCCUGACCUUUAGUUCCUGCGCUUCGGCCCGACUCUGGACCAGCACUGGUGCACUGUACAGAUGGACUGACCUACUGGCUGAUGGGCUGCUGAAACAUUUCCCUCUGUUAACUGAGGAUCAACAUAUUUGUGACUCAAUAGACUUAAUAAUGGUCUUAUUUUUAUAAAUUAAUAUAUGUAUAAAUAAAUAUAUAGAUAUAUAUAUAUAUAUAUAUAUAUAUAAAAAUAUAUAUAAUAUCAAGAGAUUUUUUUUUUUUUUUGCUCACACGCCCCUCUGAAAGAUUUUGUAUGGCAACAGAGCGUAAGCGUGUUGUCAGCGACUGGAUGGCGUGUGAGUGCGCGGCACAUUGUGCAUGUGUGUAGUUGUACAGAAUAGUACCGAGGCUGUGCUAUUGAAUGUGGUAUUUGUGUUUAUAGGAAGCACAUGAUGUCCUGUUUUUCUCCCCCCAGCCAUCCCCUCCUCAGACUUUAGUGCUCGCUUGGGCCUCAGGGGCUUUUCUGUUGUUUUUUUUUUUUUCUUUUUCUGGAUGUUCAAAUGUUGCUUCCUGUUUAGUCUGUAAUUUAACAUGCAAACUACAAAAUUGUAUAAUAAAGUUUUAAGAUAAUGUUGAUAUUCACCCCUUGGCACAGCUUGUACAUAACAAGGAGGCUACUGCAGUAAGGUAAUUUUUGGUGUGUUCAGUUUUGUUUUGUUUUGGGUUUGUUUGUUCUUUUUGUUCUAACUUUGUAAUUAAAAUAUCUCAUAAUUUGUAUUUAUAUUUUACAAACGAAGUUGCUUUAAAAUAAAUAUACAAACCGCAAGAUGA